GCCGACUGGAGUCUAGCCCAACCCCAGUCCUCGUCUGUCGGACGGUUGACUGCUCGCUAGAUCAUGCGCCUGUCUCUCCGCAGCCUCUCCCGCUCCCAGGUUGUGUCAAGACUUCUCCACUGACUGUCGUGGUCCUGAGCAUUGCCGCCCCGCUUGGGCUCCCCACACUUCACAGCACAGCAGUGUAGCCUUCCAUGCAGGCUCUGUGAUGAAUCAAGGAGCUCCCUCGACGGCUGCUGCAAAUGGUCCUGCCCCCGCCUCUGCCCCCGCCUCUGCUCCCCAGCCAAAGCCCAUCCGCUUCGUCAUCAACCACGAUGGGCCGUACGCGAAGCGGCGCAGGAUCAAUUCGGCCUGCUUAACCUGUCGCCGCAAGAAGACGCGCUGUUCUGGCGAACGCCCAAUCUGCGGCACAUGUACCCAGAACAAGCACGAAUGCGCCGGCUAUGGAGACGACAACGGCGCAGCAGAUAUGGGUCGCGACAGCAAGAAGGCUGUCCGCAGGGAGAGCACGGCCUUGACCAGUGCGCCUGUACGGAAAAGCGAAGCUCCAGCCGACGCUCCUGCCCAGCUCGCUCCUGCUCAGCUCGCUCCUGCCCAGCUCGCUCCUGCCCAGCUCGCUCCUGCCCGGCUCGCUCAUCCGCAACUGCCUCACCUAGCCUCGCCAAACAUGUCACAGCUGUCCGACUCGUCUACCCACAAUCUCGCACCGAAGCAAGAGGGAGACGGCGACAAUGGCGCACUCAGUCUCAACACACGCAACAGAAUGCCCUACUUUCGCUACUUUGGGCCCACAGCUAUCAUGCCUGGCUUCAGGCAGAUGGUCGUCAAAGUCAGAGGUCAGCGUCACGGAAGCACACAGACACUGUCAGAUCAGCAUGCAGUCGACUCGUCGCCCGCAGAACCUCUAGGCUCGCCAACAGGAGCCGAAGCUCGUACACCCCUCGAGAUACCCGUCUAUGACAACUCCGACCUGUCACCUAGUCCGCUGAUUACACAUCUGUGUAAACUGUUCUUCGUCAACCUGGGCUGCUGCUUCCCCUUCCUGCAACGUGAGCGUUUCAUGCGAGAUCUCGAGGAGAAGCAAGUGGACGCCAUCCUGGUUGAUGCCGUGUGCGCACUGGCUGCUAGGUUCUCCACUCACCCAAUGCUGACGCGAGGCGGCAAUCAGCAGAAAGAAGGGACUGAGGAGAAGGCCAAGACACAUCACCCCGAAGCUGGGCAAGCUUUCGCACAACGAGCCAAGUCAAACAUGCCGGACGCCUUCCCCUGUCCUAAUGUCGCUGUGGUGCAGGCCGCUCUACUGCUGGCCUACGAUGAGUUUGGAGCGAGUCGCGACAGUGGCCUUUGGAUGUACCUUGGUAUCGCUAUCCGGAUGGCGCAAGAUCUGGGCAUGCAGACGCUGGAGGGGCUGAAGUACGAGGGUCGUAGCGGCAUCACUCCCAAGCUCGUCAAGACGGACUCCAACAGCAGCAAUGCGCCAGCAUUGCAAGAGCAAAACUCACGACGGAACCCGGAAAUGGCCCCUGCUGAACAGGAACAAAGAGCCGUCGAACGCGAGCGUCUGGACACUUUUUGGUCCAUCUUCUUCCUCGAUCGUGUCAUCUCGUCGGGUACUGGACGUCCGGUUACAAUUCGCGAUCGAGACAUCGAGAUCAGCUUCCCUUCCCUAGACGAAGUGGACCCAGCAUCAGGGUGGCCACUGCCUUUCCCCGCUCUUAUCCGGAUCAUCCACCUCUAUGGGCGUGUGACGGACCUGCUCAACAGAGUGAGAGACGUCUCGGACAUUACAAAAGACCUGCAGAAGCAGCUCGGCGCUCUUGAGAAUCGUUUGACAGAAAUCUAUCAGAACCUGUCGCCCAAGCUACACUUCAACGCUGUCAACUUCCAGCAGUACGUCAAAUUCAACCAAGGGACAAAUUUCCUACUCCUCCACUGUUGGUUCCACACCCUCAUAGUCUUGCUUCAUCAGCCGACUCUAUUGAAGCCUUUUGAAGGGAGCCCGCAAUCGCUGUCUGCUAAUAGCAGAGAGCUUUCCUUGUCUUCAGCCAAGACGGUCGCUGACAUUCUGUCGUUUACUGAGCUCAUUGAUGCAAAGACCGGAGUGGGCAACCCGUUUACAAGCCAACCAAUAUACAUAGCUGCCUGCGCCUUUCUGCAGGAAUCUGCGAUGCACUCAGCAUCAUCUCAGCCGCAAUCUCGGCCCCAGUCCCGCCCUAUGUCGCCAGGGCUGCAUGGCGAGCAGAGGGAAACUAGAGCUCCACUCGCGCAACUGAACCUCGACAAGAACCUGAGCAACGGCGACAGACUGAAUGCUUUGCAUGAACACGAGCAAAAGCAAGCUGUUAAGCACACCCUGCUCGCUUCGGCAGCAAAUCAAAACUACCAGCGCUGCUAUCGUGCACUCAAGUCACUCGAGACAUAUUGGGAAGGUGUCAAGUACAUCAUAACUGUGUUGGAUCAAAAGGCGAAGGGUAUCGACAACCCGUUACUGUACACAAGGGAAGAAAUGGAGAGUGCUCUGGAGGUGCCUCGACCGGAGCCUUCGUUCACAAGUCCAGGGUGGCGGAGGAAGCUUAGUUGGGGCACGUACCUGACGGCGCGAAGUCCGGACGGCGAUAUGGCCAACAUGCCUGCUGCGAUCAGAAAGGGCGCCAGAACGCCAACCAUACCUGGCUCACCGAUGGGCCUUUCAAGUCAAGCCAUCGGAUGGUCACUCACCGGCACAAUGAAUUCUCCAUCUACAAACGUCGCAGUCAUGUACACAUCUGAAAACAACGCCGGACACGAAACAAAACCAGCACAGUCGAAACGGGCGCCUGCUAGUACGCAUCCUUCCAUCGCCUCGCUCAUAUCGAACCCUCCCGUCAAGUUUGAGCCAUCGCAGCCACCCAUGCCAUCUCCAUCCGUCCACCCACCCUUCGACCCCGCGUCGAUGCCCCCGCCUCCGGUCAACAAUCCGUACGGCGUUGUACCCGUGCCUGACCCUGCACUAGUUUCCGAUGCUGAUCUUCUGUUGAACCUCCACUCUCCGUUCAACAGCGCAUCCCCCACCCAUGCAUCUUUGCAGAACGCUACAUCCUACGUCAGAUCUUCAUCCCUGCAAAACAACCAAGGCCACCAGGUGCAACCAAGCGAGUUUUCGCCCACAUUCGGCAUGUACAACACGCCAUCUGACAACGCGUUUGGCGAUAUGGUCAUCGACACUCAGGAUGUGGAUAUGUCCGUGCUCGGCGCAGACAUGAUGCCUUGGGAUUUAGAAUACCUACCACACGAUAUGCUCUACUUUGGUGACGGCACGUUCGGUGCCGACAGUAUGGGAGAUGCACAAUAGUCGAAAGAAAGAGACGUAAAGAAUCGGCUCGAUUAUGCAUUGUGUCUAAUGCACAUAUGGCGUUUGGGUAACAGGGAUCGCUCGGCUGCUAGGAGGCAUGCAGGCAGAACGGUUGAUCUGUGUAGGAUUUACGCG